CACACUCAGUGAAGACUAGACUCGAAGAGAGGCGUCCCGACAGUGUUGUGUUUUUUGCCUUUUUUUUUUGGGCAGUCAUCGUAUGAGUCUUUUUCUAUUUGUUUUCUGCUCUAUCCUGAGCGAUUGCAAAAUCCCUUUUAAAAAGUGAUCAAACCCAUCGGGGGAAUAUGCAUCAAAAGAUGUACUUGAGAGCAGUGGUGUUGUUCCUUUUGACAUGGAUUGCAGCUGCUGCCUAUCAGCCUCAGAAGCAGCUAAAAUCUGCGAAAGCCUCUGGGUCCUCUGUGAUUUUCCCCGUCUCUGGAAAUGUUUAUCCUAAAGGGUACUAUCAUGUGACAAUAAACGUCGGCCAACCUCCUAAACCUUACUUUUUGGAUAUAGAUACUGGCAGUGACCUCACUUGGCUACAGUGUGAUGCACCUUGCACGAAAUGCACACCAGCCCCUCACAGUCUUUACAAACCGAAAAGAAACCUUAUCAUGUGUCAGGAUCCUUUAUGUGCCUCCCUUCAUGGGCCCGGAAUCCAUGAUUGUCAUGCGUCACAGGAGCAAUGUGAUUAUGAGGUUGAUUACGCUGACCAUGGUUCGUCUUUAGGUGUUCUGGUCAAGGACUCGUUUCCUCUUAAAUUUACCAAUGGUAGUGUGGUAGCUCCACUGCUAGCAUUUGGAUGUGGGUACAAUCAAGAAGUUCCAGAUUCAGCUCAUCUACCUUAUGUUGAUGGUGUCCUUGGCCUUGGCAUUGGAAAAUCAAGCAUUUUAGCGCAGCUGCGAGAUAUGGGCCUGACACGGAAUAUAGUCGGCCACUGUUUAAGUGGAAAGGGUGGAGGGUUCCUUUUCUUUGGAGACGAUUUUCUCCCUAAGUCAGGGAUUGUAUGGAAGCCUAUAUUGAGCCAAUCGAAAUACUACUCCUUAGGACCAGCCGACCUCCAAUUUGGUGGUCAAGCUACUAAUGUUAAAGGCCUCCCAAUAGUCUUUGAUAGUGGAAGCACUUACACCUACUUCAGCUCUCAAGCAUACAAAGGCCUAGUGUCUCUGAUAAAAGGGGACUUAAAUGGGAAGCAACUGAAAGAUGCAGUGGAGGACAGAAGCCUUCCUGUGUGCUGGAAAGGUGCUAAACCCUUCAAAUCCAUUCGUGAUGUGGUUAACUACUUCAAGCCUUUGGUAUUGAACUUCACAAACGCUAAGAACAUUCAUCUUCAGCUGCGCCCAGAAUCUUAUCUUAUCGUCACGGAACAUGGCAAUGUCUGCUUAGGCAUCUUGGACGGUGGCGAGGUUGGACUAGGAAAUAUCAAUGUGAUAGGAGACAUUUCCCUGCAAGAUAGACUGGUGAUCUACGACAAUGAGAGACAGCAGAUCGGAUGGGCUCCAGCAAACUGCGACAGGCUUCCAAACACGGAUGGUGAUAUUUGUCUGCCUUAUGCUGCCAAUGAUGGUAUGUUGGAACAAGUAUGGCAUGCAAGUUUUGGUUUCUGGAGGAGGCAAGGCAGAAAGUAAAAGCAGCAAUAAUGCCUAAUUCAGUAGCAUAGCAUAUAUGUAAUUCUGUGCUGUUGUAAGAUUUAGUAUAUAAUACAUGGGAAUGUUUUGCACAUAGUGGUGAAUAUUGAGGGCAUUAUUCCAAACAUAUUAUCUUUGUGUUGUUGGAUAUCA